UGAAUGAAUUGAUGGUAAAAUGGGUGUUUUAACGAGUAACUGCUGUUGCUCCGAGAAACCUACACCUGUUCGGGUGAUUGUGGAACGGACUCGGGAUAGUGUGACUAAUAUCUUAACAAAGUGCCGGAAAGUGGGCAAUGGGGCUCGUCAGGCUGUGAAGAGGGCCAGAAAUCGACACCUCGAAAACCGAGUUACGCUACAAUGUUCGAAAUCCACGAUCGAAAGAUACCGUAGCUUUGGCUACGAAGAAUUGGCAACAGGUGUUCUUUUGCUGAUGAUCCUGCUUUUAUUUCUGUUGGGACUUCACCUAGUCAGAAGGUAUAAUCACACCUUUGCCUACGGAUCAGGCGGGUGCCUAUCGACAGUUUUUUGGACAUACGAAGAAUGUCUUAUAAUGACCUAAGGCUAAACCAUUCUGUUUUUAUAUGCCCUCUUUCACUAUUUAAUUGAUUGUGGCGAAUAAAGUGCCCCAAAUUCAUCUCAA